AUGAGUCCAGCUGAGAUGAUGUGUGGGCAGCCUGUGCCUCAAAGAGGGGGGCCUUGGAAGGAUAUAUGUCAGCUUCGAAUAAGGGAACCACAGCUAAGGGAGAAGAUGAUUCGAGGACUGUCAAUGGACGUAGGGAAUGGCAUAACCACCAGAUUUUGGAAAGAUGUCUGGCUACCAUGUGGGGCCUUGAAGGAGAUGUUCCCAAGACUGUUUUCGGUCUCAAAUCUUAAAGGAUCUGUUAUUGGAGACUGUGGGUUUUGGGAUGGAGUAGAGUGGAUAUGGAGCUUCCAGUGGCGACGACAGCUAUUCCAAUGGGAACUGGAGCUUUUGAACCAACUCCAUGAGAUCUUACUGACAGUAAAGCUAACAACUGAGAGGGAGGAUAGGGUCAUCUGGAAGUUUGAUAGAACUGGUAUUUUCUCAACUAAAUCCUUUGUCCAGGCGAUGCAAGAAGAAGUCCUCCCGGAGGAAAUGACGAGUUAUAGCUUCACUAGUGCUGUUUGGAGUGGCAUCGUCCCGCACAGGGUUGAAUUGUUUACUUGGUUUGUGUUGGUUGAGAGGGUGCAUACUAAAGAACGACUGUCCAGACUAGGUGUUAUUGAUCAGCGUGAUAAUAUUUGUGCUUUAUGUAGUAAGGCUGUUGAGUCUGCUUUUCAUCUGUUUGUUGGUUGCGAGAUCACUUGGCAAGUGUGGAACGCGUGGCUGUUUGCCCUUGGAAAGUCAUGGACCAUACCAGGUACACUGAAACAGCACUUUGAGGGUUGGAUACAUGCGGCACGGAGGAAGAUUGAGAGAAAGAGGUGGUUGGUUGGCUUCUUUGCUGUCAUUUGGGCAGUUUGGCUAGAGAGGAAUGAUCGAGUAUUCAAUAAUCAUGGCUCGGGAGUCGUGGAAAUAAUCAAUAAGUCCUUCAUGUUCUCUGAUGAGUGGCUUGGUGGUGCUCCCUUUGGUUGUUGA